AUGGCCUAUACUAAAGACUUUCAAGACCAAAAGAUACCAAAUAUUGCAACAGAAAGCUCUUUUGAAGGAAAAUGCGUCGCUUUCAGAUCGACUUUAUUCCCACCCCCUCCUAUUACUCCAAAACCACAAUGGGAAGGGUAUAAACAAUCCCAAAAAUGGGAAUGGCCUAGUCUUUCCCAAAUCGAAUUAAGAAACGCCUGCUCAGCUAAAAUUCAAGGAAAGACCCCUGGCCCAGAUGGAAUUACUCAAGAGAUCAUUACAAAAGCUUACAAAGCUAUUCCACAAGUCAAUAAGAAGACCUCAACAUUAUUCAUGGAUAUAAAGGGAGCAUUCGAUCACGUCUCAGAAAACCGAUUAUUGGAUAUCUAA